UCAUAUUUCAGCCUUCUUUUUAUCUCAUACGGUUUCUCUGCCUCAGGCUUCCUAUUAAGUGUUUUCCAUUCCUUUUAUAACCCAAUUUCAUUCUCUCAUAAACAUUUGAAAGAAACUCUGUCCCCCUAUCUCGUACCACAUUAAUCUUGCUCUGAAAUAUCAGAAAGAUGAUAUCUAACAAGCUUUCGUUCCCAGACUCCAGCUCAACUUGGACACCCAAGCAAACCAAGUUGUUUGAAAAUGCUCUCGCAAUCUACGAUCAGGAAACCCAUGACCGUUGGCACAAGAUAGCCAAGAUCGUUGGAGGGACAACUGCAGAGGAAGUGAAGAGACAGUACGAGAUCCUAGUACACGACAUCAACUGCAUAGAGUCAGGCAAAGUUCCCCUUCCUAAAUACCGGAAAGCAGGAGAAAGCAGCAUCAGCAAUCAGGAAAAGAGGCUGAAGAGUUUAAAGCUAUAAAGACGCAAAGACGCUCUCCCCCAUCAGACACAGCACCAACGUCCUUAUGAAGUGGAUCUACCAUUAGCUUAUAUCUUACCCCCUACCCCAUGUCUUUGCUAUUUCCUUCAUCAUCUAAAUGCAGUAUACUUUUUCU